AUGUUUCCUGUAGAUGCUGAGGAGUUUAGAGUUGUUGAGGAGAGAUUUCAACAUUCUAGAGAAACGGUGCACAGACACUUGAAACUGGGGGUGCAACUCGGACAGGCGCAGUCCAAUGAUUUGACAGUCAAUCGCAUAAUUGGCUACACAAGUGAUGUAUCCGUAGCCAAGUUCAUUAACAAGAUACCUGAGGUGCCUGAUGUGUUUGUUGGUGAUCCAUUGUACUUAUUCAGACCGAGGAUCAUCCUAAUCGCGAGUGGCAUGACUAGUUCGAGAAUGAAUCCAUACAGUGCAGGAUCUAGCAACGGUGUAAAUCAAGAUUUUGCGAGGGACAGAGCAACCAAUAAUGUCCUAGUGGGGGUAUGUCAAUGCGAGGAGGCGAAAGGCAAGGAGAAUGGUUGA